AUGGGAUCAAGAGAACAAGAAUACAAAGAUCACUGUGUCAGAAUCUACAAUACAUUGAGAAAGAACUCUAGACAGAUACUCAACUUGAUUGCAAUGAUGAAGAACGAUAACAACGCAGUCGAUUUACUCAGAGAUCGUUUGAAACUAGACAUGUCCGAUAAGAAUGCAGAGCAACACUUUUUGGAUUUAGUAAGAGAAUCUAAAAAGAAUAUUCGCGCUGAAAUUAAUAAUGCCAUACAUAUAAUGGUACAUCCUUAA